GCGAUCCUCUCUGAGCCCGACUUCUCAGCCUCUGCCGUCUCUCCCCCUCACUCUCCACUGUCUCUCCCCUCUCUUUCGCUGUCUCUCACCACCAUGGACUUGGCUUCCCGAGUAGUCUCGCCCGAGUCGGUCUCGUCAAAGCCCGUCAAGGCCGUCAGCAUUGCACGCCAGCACGGCCAUCACUUGACCGAAUUCCAACGGGUUCGAAACAACUUCCUCUCCGGCGGCCUCGCCCUGUCGUGUGCCUAUGCCCUGGUCCAUCCCCUCGACACCUUCAAGACACAGCAGCAGGCCACCGCCGGCGUCCGGAAGCUCAACCUGACCUUUUCCCGCGAGACCAUGCGGAUUCUUGGAAAGGGCUUCUUCACCAGCAUCCUCGGUGCUGCUCCUCAGGGCGGUCUCCGUCUGGCGACAUACGAGUUUGUGCGCUCGCAUCUCAGCAAGACCCACCCGACCCCCUACGACUCGAUUCCACAGCUCAACCCAAUGAUGUCCUCGGCCAUCUCGGCGGUAUGCGGCGACACGGUCUCGUCCAUCAUCAAGGUUCCUCGUGAGGUCAUCACUGCUCGUCUCCAGACCGCACACCUCGUCUCCUCAGUCCCGGGCCACAAAGUCACCACCCUCUCGAUCGUCAACCAUAUCAUGCACACCGAGGGUCCUGCCGGCUUCUUCCGAGGCUUCUGGUCAACAACUCUGCGCGACUGGCCCUUCAUGGUCAUCCUCUUCACCACAUACGAGUCCUUCAAGCAGAUCCACACCUCCAUACCCCCGUACUAUGCCCUGUCCGAGGGCUACGACGACGACGACGACAUUCCCAUCCCGACCCUCAAAUCCACCCUCUUUGGCGGUCUGUCCGGUGCCCUGGCGGGCUUCUGCACCACUCCCUUUGACAUGAUCAAGACCAAGGUCAUGACCGCCACCAAGGCCCAGGCUGGUGGCCGGGUCCGCAUGUGGCAAGUGGCUGCCCAGAUCCUGGAGCAGAGACGAGCCGAGCUGGCCAAGGCCGGAGUCAGCCCCCGGGGACUGGUCGGUCGCUUGAAGGCCUACGACGUUUUCUUCACUGGCGCGACCGCUCGCAGCACCUGGUGGAUGCUGGUCAUUGGCGCAUUCUUUCCGAUCUACGAACGAACAAAGGAGGCCCUCCGAGACAUGUCCGACUGAGGGUUUGGUCGAGCGUAGCAAUAAAA